GAAGAAGCAAGCACACGCGCGCGCGCGCGCGCGGGACCGGAAAGGGUGGAGCUGCGCUACGGAAAGGGGUGGGGCGCAGGCGAGCGGGAAGUGAAGGCGUUUGUUUGGAGGUCAUCCAAAUUCUUGAUAUUGAAAAAAGAAAAAACAAUGAAAACAUGGCUAAGAUCGAAAAGAUGAGCAUUAUGGGUGUGAGGAGUUUUGGAAUAGAGGACAAGGAUAAGCAAAUUAUCACUUUCUUCAGUCCUUUAACAAUUUUGGUUGGACCCAAUGGUGCAGGCAAGACGACCAUCAUUGAGUGUCUGAAGUAUAUUUCUACCGGAGAUUUCCCUCCUGGUACCAAAGGAAAUACAUUUGUUCAUGAUCCAAAGGUUGCUCAAGAAACAGAUGUUAAAGCUCAGAUUCGUCUGCAGUUUCGUGAUGUCAAUGGGGAACUUGUAGCUGUACAGAGGUCAAUGGUGUGUACUCAGAAAAGUAAAAAGACAGAAUUUAAGACCCUGGAAGGAGUCAUUACUAGAACAAAGCAUGGUGAAAAGGUAAGCCUCAGCUCUAAAUGUGCAGAAAUUGACCGAGAGAUGAUCAGUUCCCUUGGUGUUUCCAAAUCUGUGCUCAAUAAUGUCAUUUUCUGCCAUCAAGAAGAUUCCACUUGGCCUUUAAGUGAAGGGAAGGCCCUGAAACAGAAAUUUGAUGAAAUCUUCUCAGCAACAAGGUAUAUUAAAGCCUUGGAAACACUUCGUUUAGUGCGUCAAAGCCAAAGCCAGCGGGUAAAGGAAUGUCAGACUGAACUAAAGUACCUGAAACAGAAUAAGGAAAAGGCUUGCGAGAUUCGCGAUCAGAUUGUCAGCAAGGAAGCUCAGUUAGCAUCUUCUAAGGAGUUUGUUAAGUCGUAUGACAAUGAGCUUGGACCGCUGAAGGCUCAUCUAAAAGAAAUCGAGCAGAAUCUUAAUAAAAUAGUGAGACUUGACAAUGAUAUUAAAGCUCUGGACAGUAGAAAGAAACAAAUGGAAAAGGAUAACAAUGAACUAGAGCAGAAAAUGGAGAAGGUAUUUCAAGGAACUGAUGAACAGCUAAAUGAUCUCUACCAUAAUCACCAGAGAACAGUGAGAGAAAAGGAAAGGAAACUUAUCGACUGUCAGCGAGAGCUGGACAGAACAAAUAAAGAAUCUAAGCUGCUGAAUCAUGAAAAAUCAGAACUGCUUGUGGAACAGGGUCGUCUACAACUACAAGCAGAUCGCCAUCAACAGAACAUCCGAGCUAGAGAUUCAUUAAUACAGUCUUUGGCAACACAUUUAGAAUUAGAUGGUUAUGAGCGAGCACCAUUUAAUGAAAGACAAAUUAAAAAUUUUCAGAAGCUUGUUAAGGACAUAGAAGAAAGAGAAACAGAAACUAAUAGGCGAAUGAUGAAUGACUUUUCAGGAAAAGAAAAUAUGAAACAGAAACAGAUAGAUGAAAUAAGGGAUAAGAAAACUGGCCUGGAAAGAAUAAUCGAACUGAAAUUAGAAAUUCAAAAUAAGAAACAGACUGAACUGAAAAAUGUAAAAUAUGAACUGCAAGAGCUAGAGGGAUCUUCGGACAGAAUUCUUGAACUGGACCAGGAACUCGGAAAAACUGAACUUGAACUUGGCAAGGCAGAAGAAAAGAGUAAUAUAGCAGCACUGAAAGAAGAAGUACCAGCACUGCUACGGGAGAAAGGAGACCUGGACAGAAGCCUUCGUAAACUAGACCAGGAGAUGGAGCAGUUAAACCACCACACCAUGACGAGAACCCAAAUGGAAAUGCUGACGAGAGACAAAGCUGACAAAGAUGAACAGAUAAGAAAAAUAAAAUCUAGACACAAUGAUGAAUUAACUUCAUUGUUAGGCUAUUUUCCCAACAAAAAGCAACUUGAAGACUGGCUUCAUAGUAAAUCUAAAGAAAUCAAUCAGACAAGGGACCAACUUGCCAAAUUUAACAAAGAACUAGCUUCAGCAGAACAAAAUAAAAAUCAUAUCAACAGUGAACUCAAGCAGAAGGAAGAACAGUUGUCCAAAUAUGAAGACAAACUAUUUGAUGUUUGUGGGAGUCAAGAUUUUGAAAGUGAUUUAGACAAACUAAUGGAUGAAAUUGAAAAAUCUUCUAAACAGCGAGCGAUGCUUGCUGGAGCCACAGCAGUUUACUCCCAGUUUAUUACUCAGCUAACUGAUGAAAACCAGUCAUGUUGCCCUGUAUGUCAGCGAGUGUUUCAGACAGAGGCUGAACUACAAGAUGUGAUAAGUGAUUUGCAAUCCAAGCUGCGCCUUGCUCCUGACAAACUCAAGUCAACAGAAUCUGAGCUGAAGAGAAGAGAAAAAAGGCGUGAUGAAAUGAUGGGGCUUAAACCAAUAAGACAAAACAUAAUUGAUUUGAAGGAAAGAGAAAUACCAGAAUUGAGGAAUAAACUACAGAAUGUGAACCGGGACAUACAGCAUCUGAAGGGUGAAAUAGAAGAACAAGAGACUCUUUUAGGCACCAUAAUGCCUGAAGAGGAAAGUGCCAAAGCAUGUCUAACAGAUGUCACUAUCAUGGAAAGGUUACAGAUGGAACUUAGAGAUGUUGAACGAAAAAUUGCACAACAAGCGGCAAAGCUACAAGGAGUAGAUUUGGAUCGAACUGUUCAACAAGUAAACCAAGAAAAGCAAGAAAAGCAGCAUAGAUUGGACACAGUUUCCAGUAAAAUUGAGUUGAAUCGUAAGCUUAUCCAGGACCAACAAGAACAAAUCCAACACCUAAAAAGUACAGUAAAUGAACUUAAAUCAGAAAAGCUUCAGAUAUCUAGUAAUCUGCAACGUCGACAGCAGCUGGAGGAACAGACAGUAGAAUUGUCUACAGAAGUUCAGUCCUUACAUCGAGAAAUAAAAGAUUCAAAAGAGCAGCUGUGUCCUUUGGAAGCAACUCUGGAAAAAUUGCAGCAAGAAAAAGAAGAAUUAAUUAAUAAAAAGAAUGCAAAUAAUAAUGCAGCACAGGAAAAAUUAAAUGAUAUCAAAGAGAAAGUUAAAAAUAUCUCUAGUUACAUGAAGGACAUUGACAACUAUAUUCAAGAUGGAAAAGACAGCUACAAAAUGCAAAAAGAAGAUGAACUUAACAAAGUAAUAAGUCAGCUAAAUGAAUGUGAAAAGCAAAAAGACAAGAUAAGUAAGGAAAUGGGAACAAUGAGACAAGAUAUUGAUAUGCAAAAGGUGCAAGAAAGGUGGCUACAAGAUAACCUUACUCUGAGGAAGAGAAAAGAGGAACUGAAAGAAGUUGAAGAAGAAAGAAAGCAGCACUUAAAGGAGAUGGGACAAAUGCAGGUUUUACAGCUGAAAAAUGAAUAUCAAACAUUGGAAGAAAAAAUAGAAACACUGAAAAGAAAUCACAGUUUAGCAUUAGGACGACAAAAAGGCUACGAGGAAGAAAUUAUUCAUUUUAAGAGAGAACUUCGGGACCCUCAAUUUGCUGAUGCUGAGGAAAAGUACAGAGAAAUGAUGAUUGUGAUGAGAACAACAGAACUUGUGAACAAGGACCUCGACAUUUAUUAUAAGGCAUUGGACCAUGCUAUAAUGAAGUUUCAUAGCAUGAAAAUGGAAGAAAUCAAUAAAAUUAUUCGUGAUCUCUGGCGAAGUACCUACCGAGGCCAAGAUAUUGAAUAUAUAGAAAUUCGGUCUGAUACAGAUGAAAACGUAUCCGCUUCUGACAAAAGGAGGAAUUACAACUAUAGAGUAGUAAUGCUAAAAGGAGACACAGCCUUGGAUAUGCGAGGAAGGUGCAGUGCUGGACAAAAGUCCAGUGCUCUAGACUGUCAAGAUCUUCUGGGAUUCAGACCCGGUCAUCAAAGGAAAUGGAUGAGUAUCUGCAAAAAUAUAAAAUAUACAAACCAACAAAAACAGAUUAACAUAUUAAUACACUCAGAAAAUAGAGCAAAUCAUAAGUGAACUGCCAUAAGAUACUGAAAACUUUAUUAUGAGUAGCAGUAACCAAAGAAGUGUACAAGAUAGACAAUACAAAGGAAUUAGGUCAUGGGUUCAAAGUGUUAGAAUUGGAAGGGACCCUAAAGGCCAUGAGGGCCAAGCCCUUCAUUUUACAGAUAAAAUGGGAUUUGACACCAGAUCCUCUUAAUUACAAGUCUAGUGCCUAUUGCCACUUUACCUUCUCAUUUCUCUCCAUUGUAUCUCUAGAGGUUCUUAUUGGCUUAGGAAACCAUAAUUGGCCACAUUAGCAAACCAGAUACCUAGUAGUAACAUAUGAGGUAUUAAAUUGAACUCAUACUUUUUGAAAAAGUAGGAGUGUUAGCUGGCAUGGUUGAAUCUUUGGACUCCCUGACUAUCUCUAGUACAUUGUCUUUACCUACAUUUGUCUAAGAGUGUAUCUACCUAUAAACUGAUGAGUUUGGUGAAGUAACUAUAAAUACCAUCUCUUAAAGACUUAACAAAAAAUAUCCACAAGAUUAAGAUAUAAUUGAUUGUGCUUCUGGCAUGAAUUCCAUGAUCCCUGAGCCACGUGCUAGCUUGCAUGUCUGGGAGAAAUCAUAUGGAAAUCUAGAGAUUAGGACUACGGACUACGUAGUGAUUGUUGGUUGGGUCUGGCAUAGUGUACAUCACUGGGUUCUGUUCAAGUUGCCACCAUUUAAGAGAGAAGUGGCAAAUAUGAAAGAAUCCAAAAGAGAAGUAAAAAGUUAAAGGGCAAUAAAGUAGUACCUGUGGUGCUACCUUUUUUGGAAGACUUGGAAUUAGAAAUGCAUGGUCUCAGGGGCAGCU